CUUUGCAAUAACAACUACCAAUUCACUUGCAAUUCUUUAUUUCAAAAGUUGCAAGCAGUAUAGAGCCUCGAUUUUCAACAAGAAGAUGAAGCAAAUUCUCUUCUCACUCCUACUACUUGCCCCCAUUUUCUCAAUCACCACUUUAGCUCAGUCACCAGCUGCAGCCCCUAAGGCCCCAACAAAACCUGCACCUGCAAAACCUGCCCCCGCCACACCGGCUCCAGCACCCGCAAAACCAUUAGUCCCAUCAUUACCUCAGUCACCAUUGGCAGGUCCUGAUGCUUCUGGCAGCCAAGACAUCAUCAAGAUUCUAAGGAAGGCCAAAUCAUUCAACACUCUAAUCCGGUUGAUGAAAACCACCCAAAUCAUCAACCAAGUGAAUGCACAACUGGUGACCUCAAAGAAUGGAGGCUUAACCAUCCUUGCACCAGAUGAUGGAGCCUUUUCAGAACUCAAAGCAGGGUACUUCAACUCCCUGGGAGAUAGGCAACAAAAAGAACUGAUACAGUACCAUGUUCUUCCUGUUUAUGUCUCAAGCUCAAACUUUGACUCUCUCAGCAACCCUGUGCUGUCACUAGCCAGUGACAGCCCCACAGGGUUUCAGUAUAAUGUGACAGCAUAUGGUAACAGUGUGAACAUUUCAACUGGGGUGGUCAAUGCCACCCUCAAAGGCAUUGUGUACACUGAUAAGACACUGGCCAUUUAUCAUGUGGACAAGGUGCUUAUUCCUUUGGACUUCUCUAAGCCUAAGCCUAUAGCUCCAGCACCAGCUCUUGCUAAGGCACCUAAAGCUGAUAAGGAGAACUCAUCUGCUGAAGACAAUGAUCAGGCUCAGACAUCCAAGGACAAUUCUGGUGCCAUCAGCGUUCAUGGAACAACGUUGGUGUCCCUUGGAGUUGCUAUGCUUGCUGCAGCAGCAACAGUAUUGUGUUGAAGAACCUAUCCAUUUCCAAAACUCUCUCCUAUGUUUUCAGGACAAGCACGCUACUGUUGUCGACUUUUGUUUAUGUUGUUUUGUUCUUGACUUGUGUAUUGCGUAGGGAAAGUGUUGUUUGAGUUAUGUGAACCUUUUUCCUGUUCCUGCUUUGCCAUUAAACAAAAACAUAUAUGAUUGUUUUAUUCUCCAAGACAAAAGGAAUAUCUG